AUGUUGAAGACGAGCGUCCGGGGAUUACACUACCGGCUCCCGCAGCUCGGCAGCGUCAAGCUGGCCGAACGGGGUUUGCCGGGUCUCUUUCUGCCUGCCACGGUGUCCCAGUUGUGGUUCGACCGCUCCCAGCAGGUGCUUUCCCGGUUAAACCGCGCCCUCGAAGAUACGGCGCUGACGACGAAGGACGACAUGCCGUUGCCGGAAUUAAUCGAAGACACGAUGAAACACGCCGGCCACCGCGACGUCAACGUCCACGCCACUUUAUUAUACAACUCGCAGUUCUUCUUUGACUCCCUCCGCCCGCAACCGGACCAACCCGUGAAAAAGGCUCCCUAUGCGGCGCUUUUUGAAACUCCCACCGUCGAAUUUACCAACCAGCCGACGGAACCGAGCCUUGUUAAAUGGAUUAACGACUCUUUCGGUUCGGUAACCGAGUUACGGACGCUUUUGCUUAAUCUGGCUCAAGCUAUCAAUGGUGACGGCUACGCGUGGCUUGUGGCUGUCCCCCAAGUGAAGAUGGGUACCGGUGCUACUACUUACCUGGAGCUUGCGGUGAUGAACACUUACGGUGCCGGCUACGUCGACGACGCCGUGCGGGGCGAGCGCCUCGAUAAGAUGGCGAUGGCCCGCGCCCAAGUGGAGGCUGAACGCCGCCAAAAGCAAGCCGAACGGAAACAGCAGAACGAGUUUGACGACGAUGUGGUCGCCCCCGUCCCCGAGCUGUUGCUGGAAGGCGACCGCCGCCAGCUCGGCACCCAGCACGAGGCCGAGUCCGCCAUCGGCGCCUUUGCUGGCCGCCGGGUGCUCCCCUUGGUGGCGCUCGACGCGCUGCCGCGGGCGUACCUCGGCGACUACGGGGUGUUUGGCAAGCACCACUACUUGAAGAACGCCUGGGAAUGCAUCGACUGGGACGUGGUGGCGCUGCGGGCGCCGGUGCGGGUGCUGACGGCAGUCAUGCACUGA